AUGGCUAUCUCAGUAUCCUUGCCAACUUACGGGGUAGCAUAUGCAGAAAUCCUCCUAGUCCUGGUGAUCUGCUCCACGUUGAUCCAUUUCGUCCGGAGUUAUUGGCGACUCAAGCAUGUUCCUGGACCGCUCUGGGCACGGUUUACCAAUCUACAGCGAGUCUCGUGGGUGAAAACCAAAAGGGCCCAUGAGAUCCAUCAGGCCACGCACGACCACUAUGGGGAGGUGGUGCGCUUCGGACCCAAUAUGGUUUCUCUCUCCAAUCCCGCCUGGAUUCCAACAGUAUAUCCAAUUCGAACGGGGUUUCCCAAGGGCGACUUCUACAGAACCCUCAUGCCUUAUACAAGGAAAGGAGGCGCCCUACCCGCGGUGUUCAACACCCGGGACGAGGCGCUUCACAAGAAGAUCAAGUCGCCGAUUGCGCCGCUUUUCUCCCUGUCCAACGUACUCUCCCUCGAAGGCUUCGUCGACAAGGCAAUUCAAGUUAUGGUUGAACAGCUCGAUAUACGGUUCGUGGAGACCGGAGAAUCGUUUGAUUUGGCCGAUUGGCUGCAGUAUUUCGCGUUCGACGUCAUGGGAACGCUGACAUUCUCCAAGAGAUAUGGGUUUCUGGAGCAGGGCCAGGACGUGCACGGCAUGUUAGCUACCAUAUGGAAUUACAUGAAGACAGCAGCACCGAUGACACAAAUCCCGUGGUUCGAUGAACUAUGGUAUAAGAAUUCAUUUACCGCCAUGUUCCGAAAAACCACGGGUUUCUCCAUCCUCAGCAUCGUCGGCAGGUUCAUCGCGGAAAGGACGGAGGCCCGAGAGUCAAAUAAACACAGCGAAGAAGACCUGGGCGGUCGAGAUAUGCUAUCGCAGUUCUUCGAGAUCCAAGCUAAGAACCCGUCCCUCCCCAAGUGGUGUGUUACCGCUUGGACAUUUUCCAACGUCAUUGCUGGCUCGGAUUCCUCCGCCGUCGUUAUGCGGACAGCCUGGUAUAACCUUCUCGCAAAACCGGAAACGAUGAACCGUCUUCGGGAGGAGCUCCUGGAGUCCGCGGCCCGAAAACCAGGAGGCUUUGCAUCACCCUUCCCAUCCUGGAAGGACGUCGGUGAUCUACCAUAUCUUGAUGCCUGUGUCAAUGAGGCCGUUCGGUUGCAUCCACCCUUCUGCCUCCCGUUUGAGCGCGUUGUUCCUACGGGCGGAAUCAUGGUUGGCAACUCAUAUAUACCGGGUGGUACUGUUGUCGGAAUGAGUCCCUAUGUGGUCAAUCGCCACAAGCCCACCUUUGGACAGGACGCGGAUGAGUGGAACCCUGAUCGAUGGAUGGUGCCCGAGGAGCGUAAACGAAAGCUCGAAGCCAGUGUACUGACGUUUGGAGCCGGAAAACGCGUUUGUCUGGGACGUCAUAUUGCCAUGUUGGAAUUGAAAAAGAUAAUCCCGGUGUUGGCUCUUCGAUAUGAGUUCCAACUUCUUGAUCCCCGAAAAUAUCAAGUCGAAAAUUCCUGGUUCUUCCGGCAGCAUGGACUGGAUGUCAAGAUCAAGCGCCAUGAAGAGCAGAAGAAAACCGACGCGAUUUCAUAG